GGAGUAUUGGGGCCGCGGGAGGCCCGUAGUUCAUCGGCGAACGUCGUUGCUCGAGCAUCAUCACCGUCAGCCGUACAACUUUCUCAGCACAGCUCAUCGAGAUGUUGCGAUUCGCAGCAGUGUUGGCGCUGGCCGCCGUGGCGGUGGCGCAGCAGCCGAGCGGCCGGGUGCUGGAGCCGCCGAUCCCAGGCGCCUGCGCCCAGAGAAUCAUCCACGAGCGUUUCAACGGCAAGGGAUACUAUUACUCGUGGGCCGAUGGUAGAACGGCGGGCCAAGAAGUCGACUGGUUGACCGCCAGAAACUUCUGCAGACAGCGGUGCAUGGACUUGGUGUCGUUGGAAACUUCGGCCGAGAACGAGUUCAUCAAGAGCCGCAUCGUUCAAAAUAAAGUCAAGUACAUUUGGACUUCCGGUCGCCUCUGCGACUUCAAGGGCUGCGAGAGGCCCGAUCUUCAGCCACUCCGCAUCAACGGAUGGUUCUGGACUGCCGAGCUUCAGAAACUCGCACCCACGAACGAUCGUAGCCAGAACGACUGGUCGGAAAGUGGAGGUAUUGGCAAACCUCAGCCAGAUAACCGUGAGGCUAUCCAAGGUGGUGCACCCGAGAAUUGCUUGGCCAUCCUCAAUCAAUUCUACAACGACGGUGUCAACUGGCACGACGUCGCUUGCCAUCACAAGAAACCGUGGGUUUGCGAGGAGAACGAUGCUCUCCUGAAAUACGUACGCUUCACCAAUCCCAAUCUCCGAGUUUAAUGAUUGGCU